CUUUCCCAUUUCCUUCAGCAGAGGCCAUGGCGAAUAACCUCUCUCUCCUUCUCCCUCUCCUCCUCUUCUCCUGUCUCCUCGUCUCCAGCGCUCUCGCCGCGUCUCCUUCCCUCCCCGACGAUCUCCGCCUCCCCUCCUCCGUCGAUUUCCCCCUCACCCACGCGGAGAAGCUCAUCCGAGCGCUCAAUCUCUUCCCCAAGGACGCCUCCCCGGAGCUCGACGCCUCCGCCCCCGAUCAUGGCGACAAGAGGAUCGUGGAGAGGAGCUUUGCGUUCCCAACUCUCUCCGAUGGGGUCUCCGUCGACGACCUCGGCCACCACGCCGGUUACUAUCGCCUCCCCAACACCCAUGGUGCGAGGAUGUUCUACUUCUUCUUUGAAUCACGGCACAGCAAGAAGGAUCCUGUUGUUAUAUGGUUGACGGGAGGGCCCGGAUGCAGCAGUGAAUUGGCUCUCUUUUACGAGAAUGGGCCUUUCCAUAUUGCGGAUAACAUGUCGCUUGUUUGGAAUAACUUCGGUUGGGAUCAGGCAUCAAACCUUAUCUAUGUUGAUCAGCCGACCGGAACUGGUUUCAGCUACAGUUCAGAUAGGCGUGAUAUUCGUCACAAUGAAAAUGGCGUUAGUAAUGACCUCUAUGACUUUUUGCAGGCCUUCUUUUCUGAACACCCUGAAUAUGCUGACAAUGACUUUUACAUAACUGGAGAAUCAUAUGCUGGGCAUUAUAUUCCUGCUUUUGCAAGUCGAGUACACCAAGGAAACAAAGCCAACGAGGGCAUUCACAUUAAUCUCAAGGGCUUUGCUAUCGGUAAUGGGCUUACUGAUCCAGAAAUCCAAUACAAAGCAUAUACAGAUUAUGCACUGGAUAUGGGGAUAAUCAGUACAUCUGACUACAAAAGAAUAAAUAAGUACUAUCCACCAUGCCAACUAGCCAUCAAACUUUGUGGUACCUCAGGGACUAUAAGUUGCUUGGCUUCGUAUUUGGUUUGCAAUACUAUAUUCAAUUCCAUCAUGAGGAUAGCUGGAACAACAAAUUACUAUGACAUUAGGAAGCCAUGCGUAGGAGACCUCUGUUACGACUUCUCCAAUAUGGAAAAGUUCCUCAACUUGAAAUCAGUUAGAGAGACCCUUGGAGUUGGAAACAUAGACUUUGUUUCAUGCAGUCCUACCGUGUACCAGGCAUUGCUCACAGACUGGAUGAGGAAUCUUGAAGUAGGAAUCCCUGCUCUUCUUGAGGAUGGCAUCAACAUGCUAAUCUACGCUGGAGAAUAUGAUCUUAUUUGCAACUGGCUAGGGAAUUCGAGAUGGGUCCACUCCAUGGAGUGGUCUGGGCAGAAAGAUUUUGUCUCCUCAUCUGAAGUACCGUUUAUGGUGGACGGAGUAGAAGCUGGAGUGUUGAAAAGCCACGGACCACUUAGUUUCUUGAAGGUUCACGACGCAGGGCACAUGGUUCCUAUGGAUCAACCUAAUGCUGCGUUAGAGAUGCUGAAGAGGUGGACUCAGGGAAAGCUCGCUGAAAUCCCUUCUGAAUUAGGGCGUGCUGAUCAUUAAAUCUAAUUACACGUUAAGUCUGAUACCGUUAUCUUGCUUCAUGACUCACGUCUCAGUAGCAGCUUCUGUAGUUUGAAUAUCUGCUUAUUUAAUAACUGUUUGAUUGAUGAGACAUACUUGUGCUAAUGUGUUUUGUCAUACGAAUGGCUCUGUUCGCAUAAAGGCGGUGAUUAAGAUAAAUGCUUCAAAACCAAAGACCUUCUAACUGGGUGGUUGAUCUGUGGAUCUUGUUUGGCUUCUUACUUAGCAAAUAUGUACACGAGUCUUUCAGUCUAUAAAAUCGAGUUAACUUUUUUUAGUAGUUUA